AAAAAACAUAAAUAAAUAAAUUUACAUGGAUUUAUUUUUGAAAAAUGGUGCAUUCAUAUUCAACACAGAGAGAGACACAAAUAAAAUCUCGAGAUAAUCUAAGAUCAACAACUUAGUUAGCUCAAUUAAAGUAUUUUUCUUGUACAUUUUUUUUUAAAAAAUAUAUAGCUGGAAUUUGGGAUUUUAUUGAAUAAUAAAGCAGCCGUUAGAAUUAGAUCACAAUUUAAAUGAAAACAACUUUAAUUAGUGAUAAGCAAUAAACACAAGCAAGCGGCAGCUGCAACCAUAUUAGUCACCGCUUUUUCACCUUUUGUCUUUCAUUUCUGCCUCGCACCACCGCCGCCGCCGCGAGACUAUCUUCCCCAUCUCCCCACGCUUGAUGAUGAUGCAGUAGCCUUAAGAAUCUCAUUCCGGAUCAGGCGCCUAGGACACACACAUUCACACAGUACCGUUACUGACUUGCGAUGGCCGGAGGAUAUAGGGCGGAAGACGACUAUGAUUAUCUCUUCAAGCUGGUGCUGAUCGGCGAUUCCGGCGUCGGGAAAUCGAAUCUUCUCUCGCGAUUUACGCGGAACGAGUUCAACUUGGAGUCAAAGUCUACUAUAGGCGUCGAAUUCGCCACGCGGAGUAUUCGCGUCGACGAUAAGAUUAUCAAGGCUCAGAUUUGGGAUACCGCUGGCCAGGAACGAUACCGUGCAAUCACGAGUGCCUACUACCGGGGGGCUGUUGGGGCGUUGCUUGUCUAUGAUGUUACUCGGCACGUCACAUUUGAGAAUGUUGAGAGAUGGUUGAAAGAGCUUCGGGAUCACACGGACCAGAACAUUGUGAUCAUGCUCGUGGGCAACAAGGCAGAUCUGCGUCAUCUGCGGGCUGUUUCCACUGAGGACGCCACGGCCUUUGCCGAGAGAGAAAAGACCUAUUUCAUGGAGACAUCUGCCCUUGAGUCUCUGAAUGUUGAGAAUGCCUUCACCGAGGCUCUCACACAAAUAUACCACGUGGUUAGUCGUAAAGCACUUGAUAUUGGAGACGACCCUUCCGCCUUGCCCAAGGGACAAACCAUAAACAUUGGGGACGACGUUUCAGCCGUGAAAAAGGUAGGUUGUUGUUCGGUAUGAUUACAGUAUGCUUUACUAUAAACUGGUGUUUGGUUAGUCCUUGAAUCUGGAAACACACUGCUUUGUUUAUUUGUUCGUAGUCGACCUUGCCUUUUCGUGUUUUGGCAAUGUCGCCUGCACAUAAUCAUCUCAAACAAAUGCCAAUAGUCUUAGUGUUUCUAUACUCACUCAGGGUUUUGUUGUAUUAUGCUACAUUAUAUAGUUUUUGUCUCGACUUUUGCUAUGUUGCUAUUUAACCAAGAUUGUUGUUUCA